AUGAGUGCAUCAAAAUUAUCCGUCGGAAUACUCCGUGGCAUGUACUUGUACGCCAGAUACAUAGGAUUGUUGUGGUUCAGAUUAAGGAAAUCAAAGAAUAAUAAUAUUAUGAUGGAGGAAAGUUGGAGUAAUCGUUCCGGUUGGAAGUGGUUAACAAUAAUCAUACAAUUUUUGCCUCUCUGCAUACAUGGUUAUACAUAUAGUAGUUGGAUCUGGAACAGAGAUAUAGCUAUACAGAAAAUGCUGCAUUUGACUCGUUUGCUGUUUCUAAUACCCUGCUAUAUGUCGAUGAUGUUCAUAAGGGUAUAUCAUGGACCAGAAGUAACAAAGUUGGCCAACCGAUAUUUGGAUAUAUUUUGUGAGGAAAAAUUUCUGGGUAAAUGGAAAUUCGGAGGCGGAAAAGAGCUAUUCCUAAUUUUCCUUUCGUUAAGUUGUCAAGUGCAUGAAAUUGUAUUUCUAUUGGGGAUAUUUCAGUGGAAAGUCAGUAUAGAAAAUAUGAUCGCUUGGGUCAGCUAUACAUAUGUAGUUAUUCUCUGUAAUGCAAUUCUGCGGAUAAGUUUUAUAAUGUAUCUUAGCUUGGGUAUUCUUUACAAAAAUUUAAAUACUAAAUUACGUUUCGGUUCAAGAGUUAGGCCAAAAGUCUUAAGGAUUAAACAAGGAAUUAGGCUUAAGAAAACUUUUAAGCUUUUUAGGGAAAUUUCUGAUGUGCUAACUCCUUUGCAGAAGAUUUUCAAUGUUCAUUUAUUUCUAAGUGCCUUUCUCAUACUUUUACAAAUGGUGGUAAUGUCUUAUAAAAUGAUCCAAGAUCUGAAUUUUACCAGCUUUUGGGUUUGGUCUUUGUUUUUUAAGGGCAUGAUCGAAUUGCUAAUCUUUUCUUUGGCUAUCCAAGAAGCCGCCAAUCAGUUUAGAGCUAUAAGGAAUAUUAAUUUAGAUAUUUAUUUUGUUAGUAAGUCUAAAGAAUGGAUCAAAACGGUGGAAAUGUUUGUCAUCAAUCUAAACCUAAAUGAGUUCAGAGUUCGACUUUUGGGACUUUUUGAUGUAACCAACAAACUUUACCUUGUUUUGGUAUCUGGAAUGGUGUGCUAUCUGGUCUUUAUAGUACAAUUUGUAAUCAAGAUUCGUAGGAUAUAG